AUGUAACCCGCCAUCCUGGGACAUGGUAGGAUAGGAGUGAUCCUACCCGGGUGAAGCUACGCAACAGGCUCGAUAAGGUGCUUCGUGUAGCGGUCCUCUGAGACAGGGGGCGCCGCCUUUCGAUCAAUGUUGGUGACGUCACGAGAGCGUGCUCUGCUGGACCGUGCUAAUCGCGAGACGACGCACGCCAGAUGGCGCCACAACCAUCCCCAGAUAAUCGGUACUGGACCGGGAAGCUAUGAGUAAGGCUGAGGAGUUGCGGAAAGUCUCGCGCAGUAAAGGACCACCCGCGGCUCAAGAGACAAGCAGGAAGCGCAGGGCCGAGUGCGACGAGGGCGCCGCCGCAGCUGCUGCUGGCGCCAAGCGGAGCGCUGCGCAGCCCUGCGACGAUGAAGCCGCCCUCUCACGGCUGAAGGUCGAACCACCUCCGGGACCCAACGCUCUCGCCGCAGGCGCCAACCCAGCAGCGCCCGCAGGGGCACAACCACCACCACCGCACGUGCCGAGCCCGCCACUCACCAGGACAGUAACACCACACGACGGCUUAAAUUCUGGAAUGCACCCAUCAGCACUAAAGGUGACCACAAGCUACGUUAUAUACCACGUGGUCACGUGA